AUGUCUGCGGAAGGGUCAGCUAGUGCUCCAGCAGGGAGACACGCCAUUGGUAUUUCGUUUGGAAACUCAAAUAGCAGCAUUGCGAUUACCUCCGGCGACGACAAGGCCGAGGUUAUUGCUAAUGAAGACGGAGAUCGCCAGAUCCCUUCGAUUUUAUCAUACGUUGAUGGGGAGGAAUAUAAUGGCCAGCAGGCCAAGCAACAGCUUAUUAGAAACAGCGGCAACACAGUCGCCUAUUUCAGAGAUUUCUUAGGUCAAGAAUUCAAAUCAAUAGAUCCAACCCACUGCCACGCAUCUGCCCACCCCCAGGAACACGAGGGUACCAUCGCUUUCACGAUCCAGGACAAGGAAGGGGACGAAAAAUCGACGGUCACAGUCUCUGAAGUUGCUACUCGCCAUUUUCGACGACUGAAGCAAUCUGCGUCUGAUUUCAGCGGCAAGGAGGUCACUUCGGCGGUCAUCACAAUCCCCACAAACUUCAGCGAAAAACAGAAAGAUGCGCUCAUCAAAGCUGCAGCCGAUGCCGGUAUUGAGGUCCUUCAACUCAUCCACGAGCCUAUAGCUGCACUUUUGGCAUAUGACGCCAGACCCGAGAGCAAGGUCUCUGACAAGAAUGUGGUUGUGGUCGACCUUGGAGGAACACGAUCCGAUGUUGCUGUUAUUGCGUCCAGAGGGGGGAUGUAUACAAUCUUGGCGACCGCACACGAUUACGAAUUCGCUGGUGUACAUCUUGACAAGGUUCUCCAAGACCAUUUCUCGAAGGAAUUCAUCAAGUGGAACUCGAUUGACCCACGAGAAAAUGCUCGAAGUUUGGCAAAAUUAAAGCUGGAAGCAGAGGCCACCAAGAGAGCUCUCAGUAUUGGAACCAACGCAAAUUUCAGCGUGGAGAGUUUGGCAGAAGGUAUUGAUUUCUCUUCGACCAUCAACCGUCUCCGAUAUGAAACUAUUGCGCGCAAGGUUUUCGAUGGCUUCAACCGUCUAGUUGAAGGUGUGGUUAAGAAGGCAGGUUUGGAUGUAUUGGACAUUGACGAAGUUAUCUUAUCCGGAGGAACGUCGCAUACCCCAAAGAUCGCAUCCAACUUCCAAGCCAUUUUUCCGGAUAGCACAACGGUUUUGGCUCCGUCAACCACAGCGACUGCCGUCAACCCAUCGGAGCUUCAGGCUCGCGGUGCUGCUCUGCAAGCAUCUUUAAUUCAAGAGUUUGAGUCUGAGGACAUUGAGCAGUCAACGCACCCAGCGGUCACCACUGUAAAGCACCUUUCAAAAGCAAUUGGUGUUCUAAGUAUAUCUGGCGAUGGGGCAAAGGGAGUUUUCUCACCUAUCAUCACUGCGGAAACUGCCGUACCAGCUAGAAGAACAGUUCAUGUUGCCGCACCUAAGGAGGGUGGUGAUGUUUUGAUCAAAAUCGUUGAGGGAGGAAGCCACAUCAAGGUCACUAAACCAGAACCAAAAGCGAAAGAGAACGGCACCAAGGACGAUAGCGAUGACAGUGACGAAGAUAGUGAUGAUGAGCCAGAAGAACAGCGGGAGAAGGUUUGGAAAACCGGUAGUGUCCUUGCUGAGGCCGCGGUUAAAGGAACCAAGAAGGGCAGUAAGAUCGAAGUGAUGGUUAAUGUUGCUCAAGACCUCGCCGUCACUAUCACUGCGAGAGAAGUUGGCGCGAAAGGUGGUGUAAAAGGCAAUCUUACCGCACCUUGA